AUGACUUUUCUGCUGGAAUUGGAGUUGAAUUCGUCGCUGAAAGCGACGAUUCAAAAAUUGGAUGAGGAAGAAUCCAGCAUCAGCAGAAAAAGUAGGUUUUGCCGCCGAAAAUCUUCUUUCCAAAUUCAAUUUUUCCCCAGAACAACCAGAAUUGAUGUUGGAAUUAUGGGAUAAAUUGGCGAAAAAUACGGCGAUGGCUAGAAAAUCGAUUAGAUGGCCGAUUGGACAGGUUUUGCCGGAAGAGGUGGGGAAUUUUUGAGCGGAAAAUUGAAAUUUUUGGGAAAAUUUGGGUCCUGGAGCUGAAAAAUCAACUUUUCUAUUGUCCUUCCGAAAAAAAAGAACCUUGGAAGAGAACCGACAUGGCCUAGGAAACCAAUACUACAGUAGACUUCGCGAAAUUUUGGAGUCUAUUUGAAAAAUAAAAUGCGAAAUUUACACGCUGGCUAUUUGCCAACCAGUUUGAUAUGCAUGUGUCACGUCAUUAUUAGUCUACUGUACGUGAGCGCCAAUUCAAACGGGGGUUCUUUUAUUUUCGGAAUGACAAUAUAUGAAAAAGUGAAGUUUUUGAUGGAUUUUGAGCCUAGAAACUUGAAAACCUUUAAAAAAAGAAAAAAACAAGUGAAAAAUUUCACUGUUUCACAAAUUUUACAAGCUUACUGUUUGGUUAUUUGAUUUUAGUUUGAUCGUUGUGCACAUGUGGUAAUCGAAAAAUAAACAUGAAUUGAAAUCUUUAAAUAAUGAUAUUCAGGUCUCGGGGCGAAAAUUCUGAUUUUUGAGCGGAAAAUUGAAAUUUUUGGAAAAAUUUGAGCCCUGGAGCUCUAAAACCAACUUUUCUAUUUGAAAAAUUGAAAUUUUUGUGAAAUUUUGAGCCCAAAACCCUGAAAACUUUGAAAAAUAGAAAAAAAAACAAUUGAAAAAUUUCACUGUUUCACAAAUUUUACAAGUUUACUGUUUGGUUACUUGAUUUUAGUAGUUUGAUCGUUGUGGUAAUCGAAAAAUAAACAUGAAUUGAAAUCUUUAAAUACUGAAAUUCAGGUCUCGGGGCGAAAAUUCUGAUUUUUUGAGCGGAUUGAAAUUUUUGGAAAAAUUAGAGUCCUGGAGCUCUAAAACCAACUUUUCUAUAUGAAAAAUUUUAAUUUGUGAUGAAAUUUGAGCCCAGAAACUUGAAAACCUACAAAUUUUUGUGUAAAAAAAUUCAAUGUUUCAGAAAUUUUACAAAUUUUCUGUUUGGUUUUUUUUUAAAAUUUAGUAAUUCAGUAUAUGAGGCAAUCGAAAAAUGAACAUGCUUUGAAAUUUCUAAACAAUGAAAUUCAGCUCCCGUAGCGAAAAAUCUGAUUUUUUAAGCUGGAAAAAUGGAAAAUUAAUCAAUUUUGGGUCCUGGAACUGAAAAAUCCACUUUUCUUUAUGAGAAAUUAAAAUUUUCGGGAAAAUUUUAAGCCCUGGAACAUGAAAACCUACAAUCUUGAACUUUUGAACUCCGGAGCUCAGAAAAUUGAUUAUUUGAGAAAAAAAAAUGUGAAAACUUCUUAGUCAAUUCAAAAAAAUGUUAUACAAAAAAUUCACUGUUUCAAAAAUUUCACAAGUCAUUUGUUUACAAGAUUUUUGAUUAUUGAUUUUCUGUAGAUUGAUAUCGGUAAAUCAAUGAAAAUUAAGAUCCACCACCUAAUACUACAUUUUGUGAGCUAAAUCAUGAAAAAUAAACUUUUCUUUAUGAAAAAGUGAAAUUUUUGACGGAAUUUGAGCCCAGAAACUUGAAAACCUACAAAUUUUUGUGUUGAAAAAAAUUCACUGUUUCAGAAAUUUCACAAAUUUUCUGUUCGGUUGUUUUCUUGUUUCAGUCAAAAGAUAGUUUUGUCUUAUAUUCUAGAGUGGAAAAUCUGAUUUUUUGAGCUAAAAUAAUGAAAUUUGAUCCAAGGAGUUGAAAAAUUUAAAUUUUUCACUCUGAAGCUUCAAAUCCUCAGAUUCUGAUGAAAUUCAAACCCAAAAAUGUAUGUGAAAAACCUCGCAGUUCAAAAAAAAUUAUAGAAAAAAUUCACUGUUUCAAAAUUGCUAUGAUUUUUUCUGUUUGGUUUUUUGAUUUGAUAUUAGUUUCCAAUAAGAUAUAGAAAUAUAAGAAUACAUCAAAUUCAGGCUCUGAACCUAAUUGUAAAAUUAAUUUUUUUCUCGAGAAAAAUCGAAAAAUAAACAUUUUAGAACUGAAAAUAAUCACUGUUUCAAGAAUUUUACAAAUUCUUCGAUUUUUCAAUAAUUCGAUAAGUCGAUGUUGCAUUUUUGUGAAACAAAAAUUUCAAAAUUUUACAAGUAAAACAUUCACUGUUUCAAAAUUUGUCUGAAUUUUCUAGAUCUCCUACGACGAUCAAAAAGAAGUGAUUCUACUCAAAGGAAAAACAACAAAAGCUGAAAUUCCAUUACCGUAAGAUUGUUUUCACCAAAAUUCAUAUAUUUCCCACCAAAUUCCCUCCAGAAAAUCAAAAAUCGAUUCACUUACCGCUGUCUCAACUGCAAAAACAUCGACGUCAGCAAAAGUCAAAACAUUCUCAACAUUUGCCGUAAAUCCAAUUGAAACCAAUGAUAUUGGAAAUUUGUCGAAAAGUGUGGAAAGUGUGAUUGAGGGACCUGUGAGUUUUUUUUGGGGAAGAAUUUGGGAAUUUUUGAUACUGAAUUUGCCUAGAAGGCUUACAAUUAAAAUAGCCAAAUUUCGGGCCCUAUGGGGAAAUUUUGAGUUUUGAAGCUCAUGAAAAAUCCCAAAUUUUAUCUAAAAAUGCUGGAAAUCUAGGUUUUCAGAAGGAAAACCCUGAAAAAAGCUUCAAAAAUGAUUUUUCCCAUGUUUUCAUCAGGUUUUCGUGAAAAAAUAAUUUUGAAGCUUUUCAGCAGUUUCAGCUCCUAAAAUCCCGGAUUUUCGAAUUUUGCCACGUCAUAACUCAUAUUAGAAGUUGAGUUCUGUAAUUUUAGACAAUGGAAUAGUGAUUAGCGGGUUGAAAACUACUAGACACUAUAUAUUUUAUUAAAAAUCUAGAGUUGAAGUUCUCUUGUGAGCUCGAAAUGUUGUUUUUGGUUUUCUAGGCCAUCAAAAAACUAGGCCAGGUUUUUUGAAUUUCAAAAAAAAUCCAUUAUUGUCGGAGAAAAUUAUGAUUCUUUAAAAGACCGAAAAUCGCUAAUUUUUUCUAUUUAAAAAAAUUAUGAAAAUUUUGAAACCGGGAAUUUUUUCAGAAAAUUUUUUUUCAAAAAAAUGAAAAUUUUUUUGCUAACAAAAAAGUUAAUUCAAGUCGAAAAAAAAUUUCACUGUUUCAGAAUUUUCAUGAAUUUUUUGAAAGUGUAGUCGAAUGUCUCUGAAAAAAUCUGGAGAAAACCUGAUUUUCUUGAAAUUAAAAAAAAAGGAUAAAAUUACGUUUUUCGGCAAAAAUUUCGAUUCAGCGGGUUUUUCCCAGAAUUUUCUGAAAAUAUCGCAAACAUUAACUAUACUAUUUUUUUCUAUUUGCUAAAAAAAUUAUGAAAAUUUUGAAACAGUGAAAUUUUUUACAAGCUGCAAAACAAGAACUAAGAAUACAUACUAAUGUUUUCUUAUUUUUUUAGGAAAAUUUUGAAAAGUGAAUAUUUUUCGGAGAAAAUUUUGGAAUUUUAAGCUAUAAUUUUUCCAGCUCAAACAAAAACGCUGGAAAAAGUUGGUGACAAGUCUCGAGAGCUUGGAAUCCGGUGCAGCCAGUGGCGCCCUCUCCACCAUCGAACAAUCUCAAUUAGUCGAGGCGAUUCGCGAAUUCGCAGCCGACGCUGACACCGAACAACAAUUCGUCGACGAAAUUCUAAAAUCUGUGAUUUUGGCGCGCAUUUUGACGUAUCGAAAUGAGGAUAAUCUACUGAAGUACUGUAUUGAGAUGGGAAAAUUGGAGUUGGUUGAGAUGAUUUUGGAAGAUGAGCAGAGGGUUGUGUCGGAAAUGGUUUUGGCGAAUUUGUUGAAAUUGGCGGCUGGGUAAGGUGUUUUUGGUGGGAGUUUAUGGGAAAUUGGGAAAAUUUGCGAUUUUUUGAGUCAAAAAGCUUGAAAUUUGAUCUGGAACUUGCUGAAAACCACAUUUUCCACCUUAAAAAAAUUCCAGAAAAUCCGAAAAACGCGCGGAUUUGCUGAAAAUCCUCUCCCGAAAUUUCUCCCGCAAAUCAAUGACCGAACAAACGUCGCAAGUUCUCACAACUCUUGAAUCCAUCGAAAUUAUGCUGGAACUAAUCGAUAUUUAUAAGAGCUUUGAGGAGCCCAAAAAUCAAGAGAAUGUGGCCAAAAAAGCGCUUGGUUUGAUCACAAUUUUGAUGGAUGCACAUGGUUCGAGAAUUAUUUAUGAGGAUGAAUUGCAUCAGAAAUUUGCGCAAAUUUCCAAUUUUAUCAUUGAAAUGGUGGGUUUUUGGGGGAUUUUGAGGGGAAAUUUAAAAAUUUUCGAGAUUUUUUUUAGCUCGAAUUAAUUCCACCUUAACAUUGACCUAAAAAUUGUUGAGAAAAAUAUGUAAAAAUUUUGAAACAGUGAAAUUUUUUGAAUGUAAAAAUUCAAUUUUUGAGCUUGAAAUUAUGGUUUUAAUGAGCAAUUGAUUAAAAACAUUGAAAUUUUUUUUUUGAAAUUUAUUUUGACUAGAAUUCUGAAACAGUGAGAUUUUUAGUGAAAAAAUUGACCUAAAAUUUGAAAAUCUUCGAAAAUUGUUCAUGUAAUCAACAAUUACCCUUGGAAUUAAGUAUGUAGAAAUUUUGAAACAGUAAAAUUUUUUAAAUGUAAAAAUUCAAUUUUUGAGAUUGAAUUCAUCAUUUUGGUGAGAAAAUGAUCUAAUAUUUGUGGUGUCAUCGACUUGACAAUUAAUGAGAAAAAUAUACAAAAAUUUUGAAACGGCGAAAUUUUUAAUGUUAAUUUUUUGAAUGUGUUACAGAUCUGGAUUAUCAAACCGCAUUCAUCAAAAUUUAAUAUUGAAAUUUUUGAAACAGUGAGAUUUUUUUUAAUGUGAAAAUUGAUGUGCAAUUCAUAAAAAACAUUGAAAUUUUCUACUAGAAAUUUAUUUAUACUAGAAUUCUGAAACUGUGAGAUUUUUAGUGAAAAAAAUUGACCUAAAAUUUGAAAAUUUUUGAAAAUUGUUCAUCACUCUACCCAACGAUUGACCUAAAAACUGUUGAUAAAAAUAUUUAGAAGUUUUGAAACAGUAAAAUUUUUUAAAUGUAAAAAUUCAAUUUUUGAGAUUGAAAUCAUGAUUUUGAUGAGAAAUUGAUCUAAAAUUUCUAUCAUCAUCGACUUAAAAAUUUAUGAGAAAAAUAUGUAGAAAUUUUGAAACGGUGAAAUUUUUUUUAAAUAUAAAAGUUCAAUUUUUGAGCUAGAAGUCAUGGUUUUAAUUUUUUUAUCUAGAAUGCUUUUUUGUGAAAAUUGAUCUAAAAAUUGAAAUUUUCCAAUUUUUAUUGACACGAACUGAAUGAAAAAAUUAUAAGGAAAAAUAUACAGAAAUUAUGAAACAAUGAAAUCUCUAGAAAUUUUUUUUUUGAAUUUUUGAGCUUGUUUUUUUUAUGCCUCUGGUGAGAAAUUGACCAAAAAAUGUGUUUUGUCUGCCUCAUAAACUCAAUCGACUUAAAAAUUAAUGAGAAAAAUAUGUAGAAAUUUUGAAACAGUGAAAUUUUUUAAAAUAUAAAAGUUCAAUUCUUUUUUGUGAAAAAUUGAUCUGAAAAUUGAAAUUUUCCAAUUUUUAUGGACACGAACUGAAUGAAAAAAUUAUAAGGAAAAAUAUACAGAAAUUAUGAAACAGUGAGAUUUUUUUGAGUUGGAUUUUGUUGGAAUUCAAGAUGAAAAUUUGAAUUUCUUGAAUUUUUAUAUAAAAGCUUGAAAACUGAGAUAUAAAUUUUUUGACUAGAUUCUAGAUCAGAAAUUUCAACCUGAAAAAUAACCUGAAAAUUCCAGAUUUCCCCCUCAAUUUUCAGCCCGAAAAUUCUGAAAUUCCUCCCAUUUUUCCAGCAAUCCCUCCUCGGAACUUUUGCCAAAUUCGAAACCAAAAACGAAGUUUCAAAACUCGACGACGAUUUCUCGCAAAAAUGCAUUGUUCGAAAAAUUCAACUCGUCAAACACAAACUUGCUUGGUAA